CAGAGAGGACUCACUUACAGAGAGGACUCAUUUACAGAGAGGACUAACUUACAGAGAGGACUCACUUAGAGGCACCUGCCUGCAGUCAGUGAUGGCAUCUGGGGAGUCACAGCGUCUCUCAGAGCUGAGGAUGGUGCUGCUGGGGAGGAAAUGGGUUGGGAAGAGAUUAGCAGGAAACGCCAUCCUGGGCAGAGAGGAGUUUGACACAGAGAGCGAAACAGUGAAAAGUGCGAGCAGCAGACAGGUGGAGGUGGCCGGGAGGCGUGUCACCGUGGUGCACACACCUGGCUGGUGGAAGACCUUCUCCAUAGAGAACACCACAGAGCUGGUCAAACAGGAAAUCGUGCACAGCAUGUCUCUGUGUUUCCCGGGACCCCACGCUCUCCUCCUAGUCAUCGACGUGGACAUCUGCUUCGCUGACACCCACAGGAGAGCCGUGGAGGAACACCUGGAGCUUCUCGGAGAGAGAGUCUGGAGACACACCAUAGUGCUGUUCACCUGGGUAGACUGGCUGGGAGACACAACCAUCGAGGAGCACAUCCAGAGACAAGGGAAGGACCUCCAGUGGGUUAUAGAGAAAUGCGGGAACAGGUAUCAUGUUCUCAGCAAUAAGAACAGGGGAGACGUCACUCAGGUCACCGAGCUGCUGGAGAAGGUGGAGGAGCUGGUGGCCGGAAACGGGGGUGUACAUUUUGCGAUGGACAGCGGGAUCUCACAGCAGGUGGCGGAGAGGAGAAGAGCAGCGAAGGAGCGGGCGCAUCAGAGGUAUAAGAAGGUGACGACGCAGCGAGAGACACUCAGGGCGCGUCUGAGCGACACACCUCGUCGUCUCUCAGAGCUGAGGCUGGUGCUGCUGGGGUGCAUCUUUGUGGGGAAGAGCUCAGCGGGAAACACCAUCCUGGCCACAGUGGCAGGAGAGGCGAGGCAGAGGACUACGCAUUGCGUGGAGACACAGGGUCAGGUGGGCGGGAGGCGGGUCACUGUGGUGGACACUCCCGGCUGGCUGGGGUAUCACUCUGUACAGGACACGCCGGAGAAGGUCAAACAGGAGAUCGUGCGCAGUGUGUCUCUGUGCCCCCCGGGACCCCACGCUCUCCUCCUUGUCAUCGACGUGAGCGUUUCCUUCACAGAGGCACACAGGAGGUCGGUCAAAGAACACCUGGAGCUUCUCAGUAAAGACGUCUGGAGGCACACCAUAGUGCUGUUCACCUGGGGAGACUGGCUGGGAGACACAACCAUCGAGCAGCACAUUGAGACUGAAGGCAGCGCCCUCCAGUGGGUUAUAGAGAAAUGCAGGAACAGGUAUCACCUCUUCAGCCACGACAAGAAGGGUGAGAGCGCUCAGGUCACAGAGCUGCUGGAGAGGAUCGAGGAGAUGGUGGUGGCGAACAGCCUGUUUUGUCUCAGUGCUGAGAGAGAGAGGGAGGCCGAGGAGAGAGAGCUGAGAGGGCAGGCGGAGGGGGAGAAGCUGAUGGAGAUGUUUGAGGAGGUGUGCAGGAAGAGAGAGCAAGAGAUGCUGGAGAAUAUCAGGAAGAUGCUGCUGGAUGUGGAUGUGGAAGGAGCUGUGAAAAGGAGCAGCGUGGAUCACCCCCCCAACAUGAGUGAGGAGGCGCUGUCAGAGGCCGGAAGCUUCCAGCAGGAGCAGUCCUGCAUCAAGGUGUCCAAGUGGCUGAGCGAGGUGCAUCGUGGGAGUUCGGCUUUGUCGUCUGGAAGCACCACGGACUCGGCAGCUUUGAACGCCACGCCCACCGACAUCCUUAAGACGGAGCAGGAGUCAUGUGACCUGCAGCACUGAUCCCCACUGGUCUCCAAUAACAGAAGAGCUGCGAUCCAUUCUGAUGUCUCCCUGUCAGUGGCGUGAUACUGUGUGCUCUGCGCCCCUGUGGGCAGCGUCUGUGAUUACCUGACCGCUGAAGGUACGCUGUGAAUAAAGGUGUAAACCCAGAAGGGCAUCGGCUGGCAGCUGUGAGCUGGUGGAGGGGGUUUCCCGGGUGAGCAAUGUGCUGUGCUGUU